AUGGCAAGACUCACUGACGAUGCCGAUUACGAUGCCGGCGAUACGCCAGGGAAUGUACCACGUCGACGGUCCGACUUUGGAAAUUAUCAUGCAUACAAUGAACUCCGGGCUAGGUGCGUUCCUCUAAGUCUUCCUACCAAUAUUACCAAGUUGCGAAAAUAA